UUUACGAGCAUCGCCGCUCGAUUGGUAGAAACGAAGAUUUGGAGGGAGCAGAAGGCGAGAUCAAGAUGAGCCGGAGCCUGGGGAUUCCGGUGAAGCUGCUCCAUGAGGCGGCGGGCCACAUCGUGACGGUGGAGCUCAAGAGCGGCGAGCUCUACCGGGGGACCAUGAUCGAGUGCGAGGACAACUGGAACUGCCAGCUCGAGAGCAUCACCUACACCGCCAAGGAUGGCAAAGUAUCACAGCUCGAGCAUGUUUUUAUCCGAGGUAGCAAAGUAAGGUUUAUGGUCAUCCCUGAUAUGUUGAAAAAUGCACCAAUGUUCAAGCGUUUGGAUGCGAGAAUUAAAGGAAAAGGAUCAGCUCUUGGUGUUGGCCGUGGUCGUGCUGUUGCUAUGCGUGCUAGGGCACAAGCCGCCGGCCGCGGUGGUCCUCCUGGUAGAGGCGUUCCUCCGAUCAGAAGGUAGUGAUGGUCAUCAACUGCCACUUCCAUUCAGAGGGGGUGUCCUCGUGUCAUUUGCAAGGAUUUUUGGUGUUCAAGCUCUCAAUCCUCUUGUGAUCUUCCAUUACUCCUGUGUAGUUCAAUGAAAUUGGUGUAGCUUCGAACCAUUAUCUUUUCCACUAGAACUAGUGAGUCAAAUUUCCUUGACAGCAAGUGCUACUUAGAUUAUGUUGUGAUUUAUGUCUAAAUUAUUAUUCCGUUUUAUA